AUGGAUGCUGAUAAUUCAGGCAAUCUGGACGCCUCUGAUCAUCAGAAUUCUUCGCGUGGAGGUGAGCUUUAAGAUCUAGAUCUGUCGCAUUGUGAAAGGUUAUGUCUAUGUUUACCGUUGAUCAUGUGUACAAGUUUUGUUUUCAUCAAGGAAGUUUCAUUAUGAACUCAUGAUGAGGGUAAUACAGUUCAAAGUCUUAUCACAUACAGUUAGCAAAUUCCUUUUUAUCACAAUUGCAACUGUCUUGAUUUACACACAUUUGACUCAAGAAUUAUAAAUAUUGUGUUGCCUUCUUUUGAGUCAGAAUUACCACAGUUAUUUAUCAAAUUAAAACUCGUACUUUUUUUCUCCUUUUGACAAAACUAUGAAAUUAGCAGCUAAAUCCAUCGUUUUUAAGGUACGCCGAAGAGAUGAAAAAUUUCGUCCCAAACUUUGAUCGUGAGUAAGUUUCAUAAUAUCUGAUCACCUACCCAACCGUUAGUUUUUGGUCAGCACAUGAAAAAUUUAUGGUUAACUAUCAAUUUUUAGAAAGCAAUAGUUCCAGCUCCGCCAUGGAAACACGACUCUGUGUGGUGGGGAAGGAAAAUGGAGAUAAUCAAGAGCUAAUGCAAGCAAUCGAGGUGAACAUGAUUGUAGAUUAGUCUACUAUUUCUUUCUAGUCUCUCCCUUGCACUUGAAUUUGGUAUGCAUGUGAGAAGCACACAUACAUGUACAUUCUAGAAUCAAUAAUUUUUGUUUGAUACCUAACUACUAUAAACACUGUAGAUAUGUUCACAUGCAGUGUACAUGUUCUAGGGGUUUUCGGUCAAUCUGCCACCACUGAGAGUCAAAUCACCACUGGUGGCAACUUGACCCAGACGUUAUUUGUAGCCUGUCAUGAAACUUACAUCAAAUGAAAGCUAAGAUGUAGUGGUAUAUUGCAACAUGAAAAGUGCAUACAAAUACAGUGAAGUUUUCUUUUUCAUAAACACAAUUUCUAAUCAAGUCUAAUGAAACUAAUAUCAUAUGAAAGCCUAGAUCUUGAGGUUUUGUAAUUUUCUGGUUGUGAUGUGAAAUUAAGAGUGGGCACAUACACAGCAAAAUCUUGCAAAAAGCAAGUUGGUGUCCUCCAGGAGUCCCUGAGGGGCAAAUAUAUCAAACUUUGAAUAAAUUAGAAUAAUAAGUAACAUGCCAACAAUGUUCCCUCCAAGGGCUUGUGUUGGUCAAAUUUUUAGAUCAAUAUGGUUACAAAUUGAAGUAUUAUUGAUUAAAGCUCUUUCUCUGAAUUUCUAGUACACCCCUAAAGGUGUUUCCCAAAACAAUGAACAGAAUUCAAAAUUUUCCCUAUUUUGUGGUGAUGAUCAAUGAGUAAACAAGUGCUCAAAUUGCCUGAAAUACGCUUUGAAUUCGCUUCAAAAUACUUUCUUUAGUAACUUGAUUGUCCUAUAAAAACUUUGUGCAGCAGAGCACAGAAAUCUAGAAUUCACAAUUGAGACACUACACUUAAAGUUUAGUUGCUUUCACUGUUUUUGCUUGCACUUAUUAUUUGCUAUGCUUAGCUUUCAUUUGAUGUUAAAUUCAUACUAGAGUUUAAACAUAACACCUGAGUCAAAUUAUCACCAGUGAUAAUUUGACUCUCAGUAGUGAUGAGUUUGGUGGUGGCAAGUCUGUUGUUGUGGCAAACUGACCAUAUACUGUACUGUACUGUUGUGGACAUCCUUUGUGAGCAUUCUCUGAGGUAUUGCUGGAUCAUCAAAGAUUAAAAUUAAAAGUUAAAAAUUAUUCCAGUGUGAUACUUUUUCUUUUCUGUAAAUCCUGAAAUUUUGCAAUGUUGACUUCAAUAAACAUUUCCUAUGAUACCUUUGACUAACCACAAGUGAAGAUAACAGUGCUAAAUUUAAAUUCUACAGUAAUACAACUUUUUCCUGUUGGUUAAAUUUAAAAAUACUAGAAUUUAGACUAAAUCAUGGUCAUACUAUCCAAAUCUACAAAGCUUUCAAACUUUUUUCUUUAUUUUUCUUCCAGGUUCUUAAAAUUCCAGUAACAGUAUCAGAAGAUGUGAAAGAAGUAAUGCAAACAGCUAGUGAUAACAUUGAAAUAGUCUAUGUUUGCGAGCCUUUUGAGGGAGAACACUUUGAACUUUUACGCAAAGAAGAACAGCGGAUCAUUGGACCACCCAUAAUUCAUUCUUGUGCUAAACAGGAACAGCCUUUGCCGUACAAUUCAAGACCCCUUUAUUGUACAGUCAUGAGUAAUCUGAUCAUCUGCUUUACUGGAUUUAGAAAAAAGGAAGAACUUGGAAGAUUAUGUAACCUUGUACAUCAUAUGGGCGGCAGUAUACGGAGAGAAUUUAGCGGGAGAGUUACCCAUCUUGUUGCAAACUCAAUACAUGGACAGAAAUACAGGGUAGGUACAUAUAUCAGGACUUCAAGCUGCAACCAUUUUGGUGGGCAUAACGAGUUAAAAAAAAAAAAAAUUGGCAACUAAAUAUGUAGCUAAAGAUGCCAAUUUGGCAACCUUUGUUUGACCAUUUUGUGGACUAUAGUGAGUAGAAAAAAAUUUUUGGCAACAAAGUAAGCAGUGGAAGUGACUAAUUUGGUGACUUGUGUUCAGCAAUUACAUAUGAAGUAAGGUGUAACAUCUACAAUUAUCAGCUCAGGAAAAGUUUGAUGACAGGAUUUGUACCAUAGAAUCAGUGUUGUUUUUGGCAACAAAAUUAGUAUUAGAAAUGGCCAAUUUGGUGACUUGCGUUCAGCAAUUACAUCUACUUCAAUUGUCAACUCAGAAAAAGUUUGGCGAUGGGAUUUGCACCAGAAAAUCUCAGUGUUGUCAUAGGCAACCUUGCUCGUUUCCAAUGGUGACCAAAUCUCAAGAGCUGUGCAUAACUAUCUGUUAAACUUGAAAGCUUGUAAAAGAGGUUGAACAACAUGUUGCCACUGAAAACGUUGUCACUAACGCAGGUCAACUUGAUUUUGAAUUUAAAACAGGAUCCCCCAAUCCUGAUCAUGAGAAACAAGCAGGGAUUCUAUCUUUUUAAUUCUUUGUCCUCUUUUGCCUCCUUUGAUCCUAACCACUGAUUGUCCCAAUUGUGCUGAAUUGGAUUGUUUGUUUUCUUUGCUGUGAUGAGUUUAUUUUGCUUAAGUGACCUCUUUAAGAGUGUCCCUAUAAAACAUUGUCCUAUCAAGCUACUCUCUGUUACAGAAAACAAAGUCAAGUAAGAAACUUAGUUCAAAAAGAAAAAUUUAUGUAGCUGAAGAAGUUUCUUUCCCCUCCCUCUAAACCUUUUUAUCGAUAAUUUAUCUGUAAUAUUGCAUGAACCUAGUUCCUGCAGUUAGCAGGAAAGACCAUUGUCUUUACUAAUCCAAAAAUGACCACUUGAAUGUUGGUUAUGCUCUGAUUAGCCCUUUGGGGUAUAUGUUUAUUUAUUGGGGAAAUAUUUCAGCCAAGUAAGAGGCCCAAGACGCAAAGUACUUGUAAAUUUUAAUUUUCUGCCUCAACUAUUUUGAUAGCCUUUUUUCAAAAAUGGUAGCAACUGAUAUAUGUAUGUUUCCAUAGGCUGCCGUGAGUCUUGGUACUACUAUAAUGACUGUAGAGUGGGUAAACACAUGCUGGGAGAGAAGGCAUGAGCUGUAAGUGAACAUUGAUAUUGUAUUGGAGAGGCAGUCAUUAACUGGUUAUUAUCUUAAUUGAUAGACCGUUGGAAUUGCUAAUGACUCUGUUAUAGUGAAGCAUCACAUGCUGUCAAUGUGUACUGGAUUAUUCUGAAAAAAUAAAAUGUAUAAAUGUGUUUUCUUUGUAGGUGUGCAAGUGCAGUGGAUCCUUUAAUGGUGAGUUCCUUUAAGUCAUGUUUCAAAGCUAAUGAGUUCACCCUUUGUUCCAGCCAGACUUUUUUGUUUUCAGCUCCCAGUGGUCUACUUUCAAUUUUUUUCUGUCUACCUUGACAUGUAAAAUCAAUGUUAUACUUGGUGAGAAAAAGCCUAUAUUGCUAUUCAAAGACAGCCAUUGUAUCAUUGUCAAUCAAAGUUCAAUGCACCAGUUACCUUGCCAAAGUUCCAGCAAUUUGGUUAAUUUCUUCCUAGGCUUAUGUGCCAAGAUACUGUAAUUUAAUGAUACUGCCAUUCAUUUUACUGAAGGAAAAAUACAAGAUGAUGCCUUUUCAUGGAUGCUAUCUCAGUUUUCAUGGAUUUUCUGAUGAUGAGAAGAAACACAUGGAAGAAUCAACUGAGCAGCAAGGUCAGUGAUGAACAGUGAAUUAUUAAAUUAGUAUAUUAUCUCAAAUUUUAAAUUUCUGCUUUAACACAUCAGCAAAUGAGCUAUUUGAACUUUUCAAAUAGUAAAGCAUGCCUUUCAUGUGUGGUUUUUCAAAUCUGCUGGUAUAUCAGCUUUCAGAUGAAUUAGUGACUAAGCUUUAAUGUGAUACAUCGUAUUUGUGGUUUCUAAGAAAUGUUCAUAUUCACUCAGUCUCUAUAAGUUUUUUCUUUUUUGCUAAAAAUUGUGAAUGUUAUUUUCAGGCGGGGUACCUGUGGAGGCAAGUGAUAGUCGCUGCACUCAUCUUGUCAUUGAAGACAGUGUCACAGAGUUACCAGGGGGUUUGGUUGAGCAAUCGCGAUGCCAAGUUGUCAGACAAGAGGUUUGCACUUUUGUUGAUUAAAAUCUGAGCUACACAUACUGUAAUACUCACCAUAAUCAGUCUGGAUAAGGCUGCCCAACUGAUACUCUCUUCUCUGAUGCAAAAUUAGAUCAUUAAUAAUUGAACAUCUUGGGGUUUUUUUUUUUAAUUCUUUUAUGUAUUCAUUGUUAUUUUAUUCUUAUAACAAGUUUCCCUUGGUUUUGGCAUUGAUAAAUUUUAUUUCAUUCUUUCGUCUUCAAUUAUUUUGGUUCUCUGGGCUCUUUGGCUUUUGGCUUUUGUAUUUUACAUGUCAGAGGACUCCAAGACAAUGUGCUUGGUGUUUUUCUAUUUUGUAGUGGUUCUGGGCUAGUAUUCACAUGGAUGCCUGUGCCGAUGAGUCUUUGUAUCACUUCACAGCAACAGUGAGUUAAAAUUUAUGUCAUUAGCUUACUUUCCUUAGUUACUGUGCAUUAAAUUGAUUUUAUUGUUUGUUUUGCCCAAUAAGCAUUUUGUUAUACACUUUAAACUCAACAUUGUACUUUGUAUAAAUCAGAACUGAAGAUGACAGAAGAACUGUUGAAACAUGUUUUUAAAAAAUGUCAUAUUUUCUUAAAUUUGUGACAUAUCUGCUGCUAUCCAGACCUUUUAGUGUGUUAUUUUCAUGAUGUUUUGACAUGAAUGAUGGAGUAUUUAUAUAGCAUAUGAUACCAUUAGCAGGAUCCUUCUGUGCCUUGUCCACAGCAGCAGAAUACACCUGUUGGUAAUCGAAAGAGGAAACGUCGCAAGCUGAAGGAUUCAGAUCUCAGUGAUUUGCUGUCACCAGAUUCUCCCCUUUUCCGUGCAAAGCGCAAGAGUGGUGACUUAUUAUCUGUCUCUGGGUCUCUUCUGGAGAACUCUCUAGUAUCACCAGCCACACCAAAAGGUAAGGAGGGGUUUCAGGAAGUUUUUUGUUUGAAAGCACCAUUACUAUGCUAGUUAGGGAGAAAACACAAGGUUUAGUACAAGUUAUCUCAAAUGUGUAGGUAUAUCUUAAGAGAGAACCCUGGGUAAGACUGCUUUGAUAAACAAGCCCGGCCAACUUGGAACUAUGAAGAGUCAUGUGCCUUGUGAUCUAUUUUUUUUGUAGACACACCCAGUGGAACCAUCUCACCUCUGAGUACACCCAUUCCUGGUCCCCCCAAACCUCUGACAUCACGGCAGCAAGUGGCCAUGGAGCUGUUGCAGACAGAAAAGAACUAUGUUGAGAUACUCACCAAUAUCUUCAAGGUAUCAACAAGUUAUCCCUCUCACUUCCAAGAUCUCAUUUGUAAUUCUCCUUACUGUCUGCCGUACACUUCUUAUUAUAUAAGUUUGGAGAAUUUGGUAUUGAAUCAGCUAACAGUCUGCUAAUUGAUAUUUUUCUUUAAUUCUAAAAACUUGAUUGCUUAAUAUUAUAUUGUUAUUGUAAGGAGAAAUUCUGACCUGGUCAUUUAUGGGAAUUGAAAGGUUAAACUUAUCAACAACAGAUGAGUGUCUGAGAGGUUGCAUGAACCAAGAACUGCAUCUUGGUGCAGAGAGUAACAUCCACUGUCAUUGUGCUAACUAGUAGAGGCAAAAGUUGUUAUGUGAUUGAAUAGAGGUAAAAAUUUAGGCAGAUGACAGUUGAAAUGCCUGGUCAAACGUCUUCAAUAGGGUUACACCUUUGAUCCCUAAGAGUGAUAAGCAUCUAAUUUCUUCUUACAAUAUCACCCUGAUGCACACAUUAACCCUUUAACUCCCAGAGGUGAUCAACAUGAAAUUUCUCCCUUUAGUAUCCUUAUAUCCAGCAAACAGGUAAUGAGAAAAUUCCAACAUAUCAGGUAGAAGUUGUUAUCUUGAUCUAACACCAAAUUCUGGUCACUAAUUUACAAGGAAACGUGUAGCAGCAAGAGGGGAGAAUUUACAAUCAAAUCUUAGGAGUUAAAGGGUUAAGGUCACAAAAAUAAAGGAAAUGAUCAUCAAAUAAAGAAACCCUUGAUUAUUAAACAAAUUCUCCUUGUCAGCACCUCAGAAAUGUAAAGGUAACAGUAUAGAGAAUAUGUAUACUGAUGUUAAGGUGUUGGGGGGUAAACUUAACUCAUUCACUUGUUGAAAUUUGUUAUUUUUUAGGUUUUUAAAGAACCACUUGAGAAAGACCCACGUGGUGGAUCGAUUAUCUCCGCUGAGGACAUCAAAACAAUAUUUGGUCGUUUACCUGGAAUCUUGGAGGUUCAUAAUAAGAUCAUGGUGAGUUAUGCUGUUUAUCACCAGUUAAACGUUUUUUUAUUGCACUUUCCAGGUCAAUUAAUUUGUUGAAAUUACCUAAGAACACAUGACAAGAUAUUUGUUCGAUGAAUUACCGGUAAACCUUUGGUGUUUAUUUAUUCCAAGUGGGGAACUCGUUUUUCACUAGGUAUCAUUGACUGAGGAAUGAAUGUUAACCCUUUAACCCUUAGGAGUGACUGGCUUCUAAUUUCUCCCGCAAUAUCACCCCUGAAUCGAUCAUUUAGGUCAGGAAAAUAAAGAAAAUGAUCAGCAAACUGAGGAAGGUCUUGAUUGAUAGACAAAUUCUCCUUGUUAGCACUCAGGGAAAUGUAUUGAGAACAGAAUGGAGAAUAUGCUUACUGAUGUUUGGGUGCGAAGGUUGAUUCACGUCAGUCGACAAAAACUGUUAGAUUUGCUGGAUACAGUUUUUGACAACGAGAGCACCGAUCCAUCAACAUGAAUUUGAUUUUGUGAUGCUUUUUAAAAAUUUGUUGUCUUUCGUAGAAUGAACUAGAAGUGUUGGUGAAUGAUUGGAGAGAAGACAAAUGUAUUGGGAACAUCAUUAUCAACCAUGUAAGUACAGCAAACUCUGUACCAAGUAACUGAAUCUCUCCUAGUCUUUUUUGUUCUUUCCUUGUUGCAAAAUUUUCUUGGUGUUGCGUGUGCUUUCAAAUAAUAAUUACUGUCAGUUUUUAGCGUUACCAAUCUUCUGUCUGUUUAAUUUGAUUUUUCCAGGCUGAAGAAAUGGUCAAAGUCUAUCCACCUUUUGUGAACUACUUUGAGAUGACCAAAGAGACUGUAGUGAGAUGUGAUCGAGAUAUACCAAGAUUUCACGCCUUUUUAAAGGUAAUUGGAUUGGCUUUCGGGUUAUGUACUCAAAUUGUAAUCUUUUCCUCUCUUGUUUCAUCAUGAGGACACUUUAAUCUUUGUGCAACUCUACUGCAACUGCUCGUCAUUCGAUAAAUACGCGAAACGAUGCGUCGUACGUGUGUACUUUUGAGCGGUACAUAUGCGCAGUUAACGUAUAUGUAAGCGGUAUUGUUUCUGGGAACAUUAUUAUCAACCGAACUGAUUGUUUUUCCAGGCGUGUCUCAGCAGACCGGAAUGCGGAAGACAAACGUUGGCUGAACUUCUGAUUAGACCAGUGCAAAGACUUCCGAGCAUGAAUUUGCUUCUGUCAGGUAUACUAACGAUACCAUUGUUCCUUAACCCUUUACACCCCAACAUCAGUAUGUAUAUUCUCCAUACUGUUUCCUAUUCAUUUCUUAAGUUGCUAACAAGGAGAAUUUGUUUAAAGAUCAAGAGUUUCUUUAGUUGGUGAUCAUUUUCUUUAUUCUCAUGACCUUAAUGUGUGAUUCAGAGGUGAUAUUGUUGGGAGAAAUUAGAUGCUGGCCACUCUUAGGGGUUAAAGGGUUACGUGGACUCCUGAUGCCACAGGUGACCAACCUUUCUCUUUGGUGACUUGAAAACUUUUAAGAGGUGGGCGCUUCAGAUUUCUGAGUCCACAUCCUUAAAGAAUCAGUUGGUGAAUGAUCCUUUGAAGUUCAAGAAACUCACCUGUGUUUAUUUCCUCUCUAGAUCUGCUGAAACAUACAGACAAGAAAAAUCCCGAUCACGCAGCUCUGGGCAAGGCAGUGGACUCGCUAAAGAACGUUAUGACGUAAGGCUGAGGAAGAUUUUCGUGCUGUUGUGUAGUUAGCCCGCGAGCUGGCCGUGAUAAGUAGUGCUUCGACACGAGCUUGUCUUCUCCCGUUGGAAGGAAUGAGCAACACGAGCCAGCGAGAGGUGCACAAGGGAUCUAGCACUGAUAACGAGUGCCAGACCCACGGAAAAUCUCUCCUGACUGGUCUAAAUAUUCCCGCGGGCGAAGAAAUGCGCGUCCUUCUCUGCUCAUAAUGAAGGCUUGUUGGUAUGCUUUUGUGUACUUUUAUAACUGCCUAUCGGGGACUAGUUGCAAGGACAAGUCACCGCGACUAUUCGCCCCUUUAUGACAUGGAGAAUCUUUGUGAAGGUCGUUACCUCUGCGACUGAAUUUUCUAGCAACGAACCGUCGCUCGUUGCAAUUUAUUCGAAUGAUCAAACACAGUUCAUUUUUACUAACGCCAGCUGUGCAGACAAUUGAUAGCAUUAAUGAUAGCGAUAACAGUAGUCAUACAGUCAUAAGAGGAACUAUCGAAAUCUCUUUGUACGUUUUUAAAAACACCGAGCCUUUUUUUUUUGUUGCUUUAGCCACAUCAACGAGGAUAAGAGGAAAACAGAAGGCCAGGUGCAGAUGUUUGAGAUUCUUAGAGACGUUGAUGGAUGUCCAGUAAGUCCUUGGUAAAAUUCUCUAAUAAUGUGUGGGAGCGAAAUUGACUCGAGGUGGAUCCUGUAAGAAUGAUAGUUGUGCUAUAUGACAAGAGAGAACGUGCUUGUAUGGGCACAAAGUUAUGCAGUGCACUGCAUUUGUUGGAAAAGUCUUCAAAAUAUAUAGCCUGUUUUCAUACCAGGGACUUCACCGCGGUUUUAAAGCAAAUUUGAAUUCAGUGUCGAAAAUAAACCGUGACUGCUUGGGUUUUACCAAACUUUAACCUGUGAUUGGUCCAAAAAACUCGCGCCAUCCUCUCAUCCAAUCGGUUGCAAAACUAAAACGAACUGACGACUUGGUCACUCGCGUUUCUCCUCGCUUGUUUUCAAUUUGAGUUCUCAUUGGCUAAUGAUAAUGUAAAACCUUUGUUUUGAUUGGUCUCUGGGAUUAUUUUGGUUGUGGUUUUUGCCAGUCUAUUGAAAAUUGAUUAGGUUCUUUCUAUUUAGUGUUGCAUGUAGUUGGGUAUUGCUUUAACUUUUCUGUGCUUCGCUCGCCGCCUUAUCAUCCAAUCGGACGCAAAAUCAAAACCACCUGCAACAUAAUAAUUCGCUUUUUUCCCCCUCGUGCAGUUUUUUUUGUCUUUGUUCUGAGUUUCUUGUCAUAUUUUCCAUCUGAUUGAUCGUUCUGACUUCUCUGGUUUUGAUUUGACGACAUACAGUUUAAAACCGGUCCUACAGAAAUAAGUGGUUUUCACGUCUAAUUUCCUAGGCUUACGUACUUUCUUCACACCGUGUCUACGUGUCUAAAGUGGACACCUUCGAGCUGAGUGACACCCUUUGCGGCAAAGGAGAAGCAGUGACUAUUUUCCUUUUCAAUGAUAGUCUGGAGGUAUGAUAACCAAACACGUGCAUGAAGUUGUCUAUUCCUUCAUCAUUUUUUGUCCCUUUUCCAAAUAGGUUAGGCCGCGCAAUUUCGCCUACUGUUCGGCAUUAACCCUUUAACUCCCAAAAGUGAUUAACAUGUAGCUUCUCCUUGUAAUUUCCAUACAUUAUCCAGCAAACAGGUAGUGAGAAAACUUAAACUUAUCAGUUAGAGGUCAUUAAUGUAUAAGGAAAUGUUUAGCAGCCGGAGGGGGGAAUUGGUAAUCAGAUCUUGGGAGUGAAAUGGUUAACCACCUCAAAAAAAGCUGAAAGGAAAACGUCAAAAGGGGCAUAGAUGGGCAAAAGGUGACAACCGGGCUGGUCUCCGACGUCGGUGUCCGAAAUCAUGUGGGAAUAGUCCAGUUGCCGAAAUCUUGGUAAUAGGGGCUAGAAAAUGUCCCCUCUUAGCACUCCAGCCCAGAAACCGGCUUCAAACUUUAAUGGUGAUCCGUUUUCAGCUCGGUAACCAGACCAAAAUGUUCCCUAUAGGUUCAUUAUAAAGCCAGUUUAUAUAUCAGCUGUGACCCAGCCUCUUUCAUUUUGUUCCUGGCUGUGAGGAAAUGACUUUUUCCCUUGUAGGUAACGAAACGACGAGGUUUAAAAAUGAUGAAUAACGUUCCUUUACCAAUGAAAAGCCCGGCGGGACGUACGCCACAGAAGGCUUACAAACACGUGAAAUUUAUGCCCCUGGCACAUGUCAGGCGCGUGGUGGACAUCCGUGAUAACGAAGGUAAGCAAUGUUUUGUUGGUUUUCCAAUGUUCUCGGCCAAUAGGGGAGCGAUAAGCCGCAUUUGUGUGUUGUCUGCGAUUGGUGUUCCCGCCGCUUACAAGACAUCUCUGCCUCCUCUGUUUUAAACUUGCAAUGUGAAGAAUCACCAGGACCAUGGACGUGUUUUUAAACCUCACCAACGAACUACAGGGCACCAAUAUUGAAGGCUAGCAAACUGACCUUUCAGAAAACUAAAAACCGAUUGUUAGGUCUAAGUAUGGAAAGAGAGUGAAACUGAGAUGCUUUUCAAGAAAACCUGGGAUUAGUUUCUGUUAAUGAGAAACAAUAAAGCACGGACACAGCUCACUUAAAUGUUAAUUGCUGUUUAAUCAUUUUAAAACUUUAAGUUUUAGCAGGUGUAUUUAUUGGAUUCCAGGUGAAAAGUUCAUUCACGGGUUGUUUUGUUGCUUAUUAGUGUAUUUAUAUAUAUAUAUAUAUUUUUUUUUUUUUUUUUUGCCAUUCAUUUACAGAUUGUCAGAAUUUGUUUGGUGUUAUUUAUCGCUGCCCUAAGGAGAUGAAAGAGACAUUGUUGAUGUUCAGACUUGUAGGAGAUGACAUAAACAAGCCGGAAUGGCUCCAGAAGCUCACCACGGCACUGGCUAAUACAGCGUGCAUGGCAGAUUCGGUAAGAAAUCUGUGAAAUGCCGCAACAGUAGAGAACAAAAAACACUUCUACGUUUGGCAACCCCUGAAAUUCUUCGUAAAUCUUUCGGGGAAUCAUCGGCAAUGUUCGGAUGUCGUCUGAUUAUCUCGGGUAAUGUAAGGGGUUAUGUGAAUUGAAAAAUCCACUGAUUCGAGUCAGUUUGGCAGCUUGGUGUCCAAUGCGAAUUCGAGGAUAUGACCUACCUUUUAAUAAACAGAUGCCUUUAAGUUAUCGUCAUUUAAACCUUGUCGACCGAGCUAACUCGGUUUGUGAAAUGUAUGGAAUUGGUAAAACUUUCGAUAUAUUCAAGUUAUUCAAAUUCCCUCACCUCCUGGGCCAGCCAAGUGUCUAAGAGCAGAUAUAUUUUUGUGUUUUUCAGGAAAACUUUUUGACCACAGUUGACCCGCAGGAACUGAUGUUGUCAAAAAGCGACAUGUCGAACGGAACGCUAAGUCGAGCGGUCAGGUAAACUGUUUGGGGAAACUCUGAAAGGUUUAGUUUAUGCGUUCACUGGCGUCAUUUGAACCACUUCCAGUUAGCUUUCAGUGACUCACGCCUUUUGGACCGGCGACUGGUGUCUUUCUAAAGGAGAAAUACGUUGUAAAAGUAAAUGAUUAAAUAACUCAGACGGCAAGGUCCGACUGCAUGGGAUGUUUUUUAGAGGGGUCCAUCUGAGGUGUCUGUUUGUCUUAUAAAGGUUAUAGAAGACAGAAUUCAGACAAAAUUCGGACGGGAAGGUCCGAACACAAGUGUUAUAUUUUUAGAGGCGUCUGUCGUAAAGAUGUUUUCAUGAAGGCACGUUUGACUCUUUUCUCUGUAAUUUGGUCUGUCUCGAGCAAAGAAAGGUAGGAGACUCGAUCAAAAUGUCGAAAUGUUAUUACUUCCGUUGCUGUCAACGCAGGGUUGCUAAACGGACGACAAGAAAGGUCAGCAGAGCAUUUUCGAUGAACAAGACGCCAAAACGAGUUGGAACUCUGAGACGAUCGGCUUCCAAGUGAGUAUGUUAAAUAAAAUUUCACGCGCGCGUAGAACCAGAGAGAUGUAUCAACCGCGCCUGUUUCUCGCGUUUCUGCGCCGCGCGCCUGCUACACUGGCUAAUAUCCACCUCUUUCUGCAUUUCAGUGUUUCGCCAGUGCGGCGAUUUUCUAGCAGUAGUCCUCUGUCACUGUCCACUCGAGAAAACCAAGCUUCCUUCCAAGGAAAAAGGGUGAGAGCAACCAGCGUGGGAGUUGAGCCCAUGAGCCCAUAGUAAACAAAUCAGCGUACUCCAUGUCGGAUUAUUUCCGGAGACAAUGAGCCUUUUUGGCAACAGGCUGUAAAAUUUUAGAAAGAGCUUGUGCCUUUCUAAAGGUUUUCUUAUAGCGUCAGAUGUUACUAUAAAAAAAUAUGAUGAAAUUCAUUCUACCGCUAAGACUUACUCAGUAUUAUUUUUUGAGUAUUAAGAAUGAAAACUUAGCUGAGGAUGAGCCGAUGAAAAACGUUCAUACCGAUGAUUUCACUCCAGAUAACUUGUUCCCUUUUCGAAAAAUGAGUUUAAAUAACCUCUGCUUCUAUUUUGCGUGCUAAAGGAGACCAAUGAUACUUGUAAAACAGAGAAAUUAAGUAGUAUGAAAUGCCGUUGUGGUCCAUCAUAUCAACCUGUUUUUAACAGCAAAGUCUGGGUUGUGAAGCUAUAUUGCCCAUUUUUGGAGGGAUUCUCAUAUAAGCAGCCAGCUUACAGUCCCUCUACUGAAACUGAGGCCACCCAGGAAAUAAUAAUCAAUCAAAGGAAAGAACUGAAACAAUAGACUCCAUUAUGUUCAAAUCCAGCCCUGGCAAUCUGAAAAUCUGAAAUCAUCUGAAAAUCUGUGCGUGUCGCUCAGUUUAUUUUAGCAAGGUUACGAAGGGUUUGAAUUGUGGCUUACUUAAGACCAGCUCCUCAUUUGCUGUUUUGUGUGGGUGGAUUCAGUCUUAGUAGGCGCACAGUAACAAAAGCAGUUGGAAACACGGAAGAUGAUUUGCCGUUGUUACCGCGAGACUCAAAAAGCCGUGAACACGUUGAUUUGAUUCUGACAGGUCGAUUGUGUACAUUCUUAAGUUUGGGAAACGCAAGCAAACCUCAAACCCAGAAAACUAAUUACCAUUACUAUUUGCGGUUUAGUUUUUUUACGCCUCGUUCGCUAUCUCCUUGGAACACAACAACCUUUCAUUAAAAUUUCUUGUGUUCACGGUUUUCUGAGUUCCACUGUGCGCGAGGUUGUUAUAACAGUUAGAGAUUACCGAAAGGGGUAGGUUUACUUUUUAAUACGACUUGUGAACGAUAAUUAAGAUUUUUAUGGAGGUAAAAUGAAUCAUCCUAGAUGUGAAAGUAAACUGAAAGAUAUCUUCAUUUCCCGACCUCUCAUUCUCUUCACUGGACAGUGUAUAAGUAAAUUAUAUACCGCUUUUUGUGAAAAUUUGUUCCCUCGUCAAAUAGUAUGCUACGAUCAAUGCGAUUCCUCUGUGUCUGGUUGACAAUGUAUUUUUUGCUAUGGAGAAAAUGAAAGGACUCUGUUUUGCGCAUGGACGCCAGGGGUAAAAUACUUGAUAUUUUGUCAGUGUAAGGCUCAAAGUGCUUUAUGGCAAACGCUUAAAGAUAUCAUCCGGUUUGUUACUGAAAAGGUUUGAUGGCUUUGAUUUUCUAAGGACCUCUGGUGAGCUUUAUUAUCUUUUGUUUCGUGCUCGUUGGAAUUCAGUGAUACGAUAAGGCAGAAUCGCCAUACUUGACCGGUCUAGUGACAAAAUUUUCGUAGUUCUAUAGACAACGAAAGUUCCAUCUUAUGUCAACAGUGUACGAUUUACCUCUGAAGGACUUUGAGGCUUGUGGAACAAGUUUGCAAUUUUUCUGAAGAUUUGUCAUUAAUUGAAGUAUUUACUUGAUUAUAGAGACUAUCCAUGCAUUCAAGUGCAUAUAGUUUAAGCAUAGAAUUUGCUUGUAAAUAUGUUAUUAAAUGGCGU